GGGGCCAUAAAGAGCGGCGGCUCCGCGGCGGCUCCGCGGCGGCGGCGGCGGGCGGGAUGGAGGCGGCCGGGGCUGAGGGAUAUGGGGUGGCGGAGCUGCGGGAGCGGCUGGCGGCGGGCGGGCAGGACCAUGUGCUGCGCUUCUGGCCCGAGCUGGACGGCGCGGCCCGCCGGGCCCUGGCGGCCGAGCUGUGCCACAUGGACGUGGCCGAGAUCAACCGCUUCUUCCGCCGCGCCCGCGGGGACGGCGGCGGGGCGGUGUCGGCGGCAGGGCUGGACGCGCGCAUGGAGCCGGUGCCGCGGGACGUGCUCGGCAGCGCCUCCCGCGACCGCGGGCUGGUGCCGCGCUGGGAGAGCCGCGGUAGGUGCGCGGGCCGGCGGGGCUCGGCGCGGCGCGCAGCCGGCGCGGCGGGCCCCACGCGUGUCUGUUCCCCCAGGGCUGGCGGAGAUCGCGGGGAGCCGCGUGGCCGUGCUGCUGCUGGCCGGUGGGCAGGGCACCCGCCUCGGUGUCCCCUACCCCAAGGGCAUGUGCGACGUGGGGCUGCCCUCCCGCAAGACCCUCUUCCACCUCCAGGCCCAGCGCCUGCGGCGGCUGCAGCAGAUGGCGGAGGAGCAGCACGGCACUCCCUGCCACAUCCCCUGGUACAUCAUGACAAGUGGCCGCACUAUGGAGUCCACCAAGGAGUUCUUCCAGAAACAUCGGUAUUUUGGCUUGAAGAAGGAGAAUGUCAUCUUCUUCCAGCAGGGCAUGCUGCCUGCCCUGGGAUUUGAUGGGAAAAUCCUGCUGGAGGAGAAGGGCAAGAUAGCUAUGGCACCAGAUGGCAACGGGGGCCUGUACCGGGCCCUGGGCUCACAUGGCAUCAUGGACGACAUGGAGCGGAGGGGGGUGCAGAGUGUCCAUGUCUACUGCGUGGACAACAUCCUGGUGAAGGUGGCUGACCCCAGGUUCAUUGGGUUCUGCAUGGAGAAGGGAGCAGACUGUGGGGCCAAGGUGGUGGAGAAGACCAAUCCCACGGAGCCGGUGGGCGUGGUGUGCCGGGUGGACGGCGUGUACCAGGUGGUGGAGUACAGCGAGAUCUCCCUGGCCACUGCGCAGCAGCGCGGCCCCGACGGGCGGCUGCUCUUCAACGCGGGCAACAUCGCCAAUCACUACUUCACCACGGCCUUCCUGAAAGAUGUGGUCAAUACUUACGAACCACAACUGCAGCACCACGUGGCUGAGAAGAAGAUCCCACAUGUGGACAUCACUACAGGGCAGCUAAUCCAACCCGAGAAGCCCAAUGGGAUUAAGAUGGAGAAGUUUGUCUUCGACAUCUUCCAGUUUUCCAAGAAGUUCGUGGUGUAUGAGGUGCUGCGUGAGGAUGAGUUCUCUCCCCUGAAGAACGCGGACAGCCAGAACGGCAAGGACAACCCCACCACAGCCCGACACGCCCUGAUGUCCCUGCACCACUGCUGGGUUCUCAAUGCAGGGGGGCACUUUGUGGACGAAAACGGUACACGCAUCCCUGCCAUCCCUCGCGUCACAAACGGAAGCUCAGCUGCCAGCCCAGCAGAUGUCAAUGACAACUUGAAGGAUGCAAACGACCUGCCGAUCCAGUGUGAAAUUUCUCCCCUUGUCUCCUACGGAGGAGAAGGUCUGGAGAAGUACGUGAAGGACCGGGAGUUCCGCACGCCGCUGAUCAUUGACGAGGAUGGGAUCCACGAGCUGGUGAAGAAUGGGAUGUAGGGGCAGCGUGGUGCCAGGCAGGGCUGCCCAUCCCACCAGGAGCUCAGGCAGUGAAGACUGACAGCUGGGCCUACCAGGGACUGCUCUGGAUCACUCCGGCCCUGGGCAGAGGGCGAUCUGACCCACUUGGUUCUUGGCAUGUUGUAGGCUUCUAUUUAUAUUUUAAUUUAAAAACCAAACACUAUGGAUUCCCCUGCCACAGAGCACAGCUGUGGUGCUGCUCUUUGCACUCCAGGCUGUGGGCAUUUAUUUUUAAACAUGUAUAUAGUAAUAGUCACUGUACAUGCAGAGAAAGGAUUUUUAUGGUACGAGGCUGGAUUUAAUCUUGAAUUUUUAUUUUUCUUAAAUCUACAUGACUAUUUUUUUUUAAUAGAGUCCUUGCCAUUGCCCAUGUCCUCCCUUUUGGUCAUCCUUUGUAUAUUGCACAACUGGAAGCACCUGAUUAAACUCUGAGUCCCUCCUGUUUCUCA